CUCCAUUAGCUCCACCAUCUUGUAUCUUUCUUUGGUCUUGGCAGUGGCCAUCAUGACCUCCUCGCCUAAAGCAAUGGGAGGUGGGGAGGAAGGGGGAUUUGCAAGUCCAAGAUUAACGCUUCAUAUACCCAACAGUUAUCCACGUAACUUUUCACCUCGUGGUUCUCCAAAUAGUGGCAGUCCUUCUGCACGCUCUGUCAAUAUACCCGUAGAAGCAGACUCGCCCAAAAAGGAUGACAUGCUUGUUGUUCCACCUUCAAAUCAUCGACUAGCAUCUUCCACUUCUGCACCUGGUGCACUAGCCGGUACAUCAGAUGGUGCAUUACUACCUGCUUUUGCAGAGAAUGAUACCCAACCAAACAAUCACACAAGAAUACCCGAUGGAUGGGCUUCUCUAAUGGCAUUCUUCAAUAUCAGGCAAACUACAGCAGAAAGUGCUAGAGACUUCCUAGCAAGAGAGAGAACAUUUUUUAGCUGGUUACGUUUAUCCUCUAUGCUUGCAAUUGGAUCAGCUGCUUUGUUCCUGCGAUUGCAAUUGCGUGAUCUAAGUCAAGUAAUUGGGCAUGGUCAUCACAAAGUACGUGUGGGCAAGGGGAUGUAUACAGCAGGAGAAGGGGAUGCGAUAAUCCAAGCCUUGAGAAUGCAAGCAAUGAGAAAAAAUUUACUUCGACAGCAAAGCGUCUUGGUAUCUUCAACUUCCGUUGCCAAAAUCGGACCAAGUGCUUCUAUUCUUGUGUCUGAUCCAGAACGCAAUCUAUUGGACACAAGCGUCGCUUUAUCGGAAGCAUUAGGCAUUCUGUUCUUCGCAUUGUCAAUCUUUUCGCUCAUUAUAGGAUGGAUAGAUUAUAUGCGCUGCGUACGAGCUUUAGAACACGCUGAUGAAGUCGUUCCUGUUAUGGCUAAUCGUACUGCAAACAAUACAGAUGACGAUCAUCCCAGCAAUCUAGAGAGAAGAGCAGUCGCACAACGGUAUCACGAUGCUAGACAUGCAAGACAAGCACACAGUACAAAAGUUGUUUAUAUCACUGAAGUGAUCGUUGCAUUUGUUAUCUUUGCAACAGCACUCACCAUCCUCUUAACGAAUCACAAAGCAAGUAUUGCACCUCCUUCCCCCUUUUAGAUGACAUCGUUUCAGAAAUUACAUUGUAGUAUACAUUGACAACAUAUAGCACCAGAAACAGCACGAGAUAAUGAUUAUGAUAAUUACUGU